AUUUCUUGAUGCUUUUAAUUUGAUACCCUUCAACAUUUCAUUUCAUAUAUUUAUUUGAAUAAUCGCCCACCUCAUGAGGUAGCUAGCGCUUUCAGCGUUUAAAACAGUGAAACCAGUCAGUUGGAAGAGUGAAUUAAAGUUAGGUUUAUUUAUACGGAUGAGCUGAGUCAAAGUUUAUUGUUGAUAUAAAUUAAGGGGAGGGGGAGGGAGCAGCACGGAAAUUAACUACUGAGAAUAUGGGUCACAGGUGCUGCAGCAAACAGAAAGUGAAGAAGGGAUUGUGGUCGCCUGAAGAAGAUGAAAAGCUCCUUAAACACAUCACUACUCAUGCCCAUGGCAGCUGGAGUUCUGUUCCAAAACUUGCUGGUUUGCAAAGGUGCGGAAAGAGUUGCAGAUUGAGAUGGAUAAACUACCUGAGACCAGACCUCAGGAGAGGUUCCUUUUCUGAAGAAGAAGAACAGAUAAUCAUUGAUUGCCACAGAAUUUUAGGCAACAGAUGGGCCCAGAUAGCUAAGCAUUUGCCAGGAAGAACAGACAAUGAAGUGAAGAAUUACUGGAAUUCAUGCAUUAAGAAGAAGUUGAUCUCACAAGGUUUGGACCCAAGGACUCACAAUUUGAUCCCUUCUCAUCAAAGAGCUUCUAAAAAGCUUUCACGCAACAUCUCACAAACCUCCUUUGAUCCAUCCAUUCCGGCUUUCACAGUCAAUAAUGGACAAAUGACGCCAAUUAAUAACAAUGUGCAGAUGGAGAUUCGACCUCCAAUUCUAACGUUACCUUCGCCUUCACCUCCUCUUCAAAAUGCUCCACUGCUUCAACCAAUAAUGGCGCCCUCACCAACACCAACACCAACACCAACCUCUCAAUAUCAAAUUCAAAAACCUAAUGUUUGGACUGCAAAUUGUGGUCAAAAUUCUCAUGACUCCAUCACUAAUACUACUACUUUCCCUAGUGUCUCCUCCAUUGAGAGCCGACCCAUUUCUUCUUCCACAACUUCUUCAGUGAACCCAUCAGGAUUUGGUCUCUUAGAUGAGAGUUAUUAUUCCAUCUGGGGUAACAAUACAAUGGUUGAACCCUAUAGAGUACCAAGCGUGGAAGGACUGCAACUUCAAGAACAAGAACAAGAACUUCAAGAGAAGGAGAAGAUGAACGAUAAUAUCUAUGAAGCAAACAACAGUGUUCAUCAGGACAUAGAUUGUUCAUUUGACAGCUCUAGUUUUGACCUUGAAUUUGUGGAAUCGACAUUCAUGUCUGGUGCAAUGUGUCGUGAUCUAAGCUCAAUCUCCAUUGAUGAUUUUGCAUGGAACUUUUAA